GGGAAUCUAUGUCGUUUUAGUUUUUUUCACAAAUAUUUUUAACGUGUAUAGCUCAUACUACACCAAACAAAUAUGGCUGCUCCCUCACAAAUCAACGUCCGCAAUUUGAAGGGAAAUUGGAUAAUGGAUAAAAACCUCUCAGAUGAUACGGAUCCUGUAUUAAAAUUGCAAGGCGUUGGCUGGCUAGUACGCAAAGGUAUCGGCAUGUCAACCGUAAACAUGGAAUUUAUCCAGUCUACCGAGGUAGACCCAGAGACAUCCAAACCAUUUAUCCAAUUGAUUGCAAACCAAACUGCUGUUGGAGGUUCUAACGUUGGAACCUCGGAGACACGAAUUAUGGACUGGAUGGAACGCGAGCACAGCGAUUUUAUCUUUGGGGAUGUUACUAUUCGAUGUCGGUUUGUCAAUGGCGUCCGCGACUCGGAAGGCAAUAUUCGACCAGAUAUCGCAUUGGAGACUCCUGGUCCAAAUGGAGAGUAUUUGAAAGAGAUGGUUUAUGCCCCUGGAGAAGACGAAGAUGACGAUCUCUCGGGACUUUUUAUCCAGGAUUAUAUUGUGAAGAAAACUGGAUCGGUAGCAGAGCAGGUGUGGGGCUUUGAAAACAUCUGUGGACAGCGCUGCUUAACGCGUCGGGUUCUUGCCUCCAAGGGUUCGUCGUAUAAAAUGGCAAGGGUUGUUUAUAAGUUCAUUCCAUAAGUCAACCAUUCUUUGACAAGUGCCAAGCAUGUAGAUUCA